GUGGUCCAGAUCUGGAGCUACACUACCGUGUUCGUUUCGUCCUCCCUCAGCUCCGUGCCCUUUGCCUGGGCCGCAUCGCUCCCCGCCCUCCGCCGCCUCCAGUCACCCGCCUCCGACUAAGACGCUCUCGCUGGCCACCAUCACGAGGCGAAGGGGCUCUCUUCUCCUCAUUUCCUCUACCAACUGGCGCGGCGCGAGGAACUAAUCAUCCAGGUGUAUUUCACAUUGGUGGUAAAGAAGCCCUAGCUUUCCCAGGUUGCAGUGCUGGGUGACAGCUUCCUGUAUCAUCCGGUUGCUUCCCUGCGUGACAGCUACACUCCAUUCCAUCCCGCUAUCGUCAGCUCCAUUGAGAAUCUAGAUGUGCUUGUCACCGCGAAUGCUCGAUGUGAAGACACGGUCCUUCUCCAUUAUAAGAAAGGCUUUCCCUGGAAGUAAAUAUGUCCUCCCCGUCCCAAUCUCCCGCCUAACCCACCGUCAUCUCCCCCUUCUCCUAUCCUAUGCAACUGUCUCAGGUCUUUUGCUCAGGGUACCCUUGCUUCACUCUGUCCUUCGCUCACUCUCCUCGGGGCCUGUCCCAUCUCUCUCCCUCUCAUUCCUCUCCCUACUCCGCCGGUCUGGCUACAUGCCCAUCGAUAACUUCUCCCUUAGCGCCGCUCUUUCUACCGCCGCCCGCAUGCCAUCCGUUGUUGUUGGUGCCCAGCUCCAUGCCCUUUCUGUGAAACUCGGCUUAAGUUCUGAUACGUUUGUCCUUAAUACUCUUAUCAAUAUGUACUCGUCUUGUAGUUAUCCAUCUACUGCAAGAUCUGUUCUUGAUUCUGCUCCCAAAGGAGCCUCUGAUACUGUUUCUUGGAAUACAAUCAUUGCUGGAUACAUACAUGCUGGGCUGCCUAAUAAGGCAUUGCAAGCUUUUAGCCAAAUGGCCAAGGGGCAAGUUAUGCUGGAUGAUGUCACCUUGCUGAAUGCUCUAGUUGCUUGUGCAAGGACAUGCAUGAUGAAGGUCGGAAAGCUCUGUCAUGCACUACUCGUGACGAAUGGUUUUGAGAUUAACUGUUAUAUGGGUUCCUCUUUGAUUAGUAUGUAUGCAAAGUGUGGGCAGGUUGAAGAUGCUCGCAGGAUUUUUGAUGGAAUGCCUGAUAGGAAUGCAGUUUGCUGGACCUCAAUGAUUUCUGGAUAUACACAGUUAGGUCAGUCUAAAGAGGCUGUUAAGCUAUUCAGAGACAUGCAAAUUGCUGGAGUGAAAGUUGAUGAUGCAACAAUUUCUACUGUUAUAUCUUCAUGCGGCCAGAUGGGAGCACUGGACUUGGGACGGUAUGUCCAUGCUUACUGUGACAUUCAUGGUUUAGGGAAGGAUAUUUCUGUGAAAAAUUCAUUGAUUGACAUGUACUCAAAGUGUGGGAAUAUAAAAAAGGCCUAUGAUAUAUUUUGUGGAAUGGUCAAGCGGGAUAAUUUUUCCUGGACAGUGAUAAUAAUGGGCUUUGCUGCGAAUGGCCUCUCUGGUGAGGCACUAGAUUUGUUUGCGCAGAUGGAAGAAGAGGGUGGAGUCAUGCCGAAUGAGAUAACUUUCUUGGGUGUCCUAACUUCUUGCAGCCAUGGAGGAUUAGUUGAACAAGGAUACCGUCACUUCCAUCGCAUGUCCAGUAUUUACGGUAUUGCCCCAAGGAUCGAACACUACGGGUGCAUGGUUGAUCUCCUGGGGCGUGCUAAGUUAUUGGCAGAGGCAGAGCAGUUCAUUAAAGAGAUGCCUAUCGCUCCUGAUGCGGUAAUGUGGCGGUCGUUGUUGUUUGCCUGCAGAACCUGUGGAGAGGUGGGACUUGCAGAGUAUGUAGCAGAAAGGAUCCAAGUAUUGGAGCCAAACAAGUGUGGAGGGGACGUUUUACUUUCUACUGUCUAUGCGACCACAUCAAGGUGGGUUGAUGCAAAUAAAGUGAGGACAGGAAUAUACAGUGGCAGAAAGACCAAGCUGCCUGGUUGCUCUUUCAUUGAAGUGGAUGGAUGCGUGCAUGAGUUCUUUGCAGGGGACGAGUCACAUUUUGAAACUGAAGCUAUAUACAGCACUCUUUUAGGGAUUAAUGAACUGUUAGUAGCAGAGUCCUUCCUGAUGUGAAAGCUAAUACAUUUCUAUGGUAACCAUACCUCGGUACCUAUGAUUCUAUAAUCUUAUUUUUAUGAAAUGAUGAAACCCGAAGCAUUUCUACGUA